AUGACUCAGGUGUUUAUUGCUAAAGUAAAGAAUGUAUUAAGUGGAGACACCGUGAUUUUGGUCCCAUCAAAGACCUCACAAUUCCCAGUUCCCGAGAGAAUGUUAACACUUUCAUAUGUUAGGUCUGGUGAUAGUUACCAAUCAAAGGAAUACUUAAGACAGUUAUUAAUUGGCAAAGAUAUCAAGUUCAGAGUAUUAUUUAAGACACCUAAUGUUGGAAAGGAGUUUGGAGACAUUCAAGCACCAAUUUUCAAGUCAUUGGUUGAACAUUUACUUGAAAAGGGGCAUGUUAAGUUGAAGGAUAAUAUUCAAGACGAUUCUGAAUACGUUGACGACCUCCGUAAUUUGGAAAGUAAAGCUAAACAAAGCCAAGUUGGCUUAUGGAGCGUUACAUCUGCCCUGGAGGAUAAGAUUGAGACCAUUGACUUGAAUGAGGGUAUUAUUGGUAAGUCGCAAAAUACCCCAAUAACUACAAUUGUCGAAAAAGUUAUCAGUGGUGAUAGGGUUAUGGCUCGUAUAAUUGUGAAUAAGAACCAGCAUAUUACGACUCCGUUGUUAUUAGCCGGUAUCAAAUGUCCAAGAACGGAUGAUGCCACCGAAUCUGCCUCCGUAACUAAAGUUGCCCAGGAAGCUAAGGCAUUUGUUGAAGAGAAGCUUUUGACCACCAAGGCUGUUAUCAAGGUAAGUGUUAUAGGUGAAAGUCAAGCAGGUGUGCCAAUUGCACUUAUUCACCAUCCCUCGGGAAAUAAUGUUCAUGCCAAGUUAUUAGAAAAUGGGUUCGGUGAGGUUGUCGACUGGCAAUCUUCUUUGGUUGGUUCUUCGACCAUGGGGGAGUUGAGAAAGGCUGAACAAACUGCUAAAGCUUUGGGUAAAGGUUUGUACUCGAAUACAAAGGUUAGUCGUAGCUCUGCCCCAGUUACCCAGUCGAGCAAAGGCUUAAAGCCGGGAUCAACCAUUACGAAUGCUUCUAUCGCUAAAGUUAUUGGAGCCGAUACAUUAAUUGUGCGUUUACCUUCUUCUGACGAAGAGUUAACUGUCCAAUUAGCUUCAAUCAGAGGUCCAAAACCCUCCGAUUCAACAGUCACUUCUAACCACCAACAACAAUUAGCCUUAGUCAACACUGCCCGUGAAUUCGUAAGACAACAUGUUAUUGGAAAAACUGGUACUGUUUAUAUCGAUGGUUACAAAGAUGCCAACAAGGAAUUAGGUUUUGAUGCCAGAUUUCUUAUUAGUUUCAAAAUCAAUGGAACAAAUGACUUAUCCGAAAUGAUUGUCAACAGUGGUAUGGGUACUGUCAUCAAGCACAAUAAGGCCACGGCACAUGAACGGUCAUUAAACUGGGACAAAUUAGUGGAAUUAGAAGAAGAACAAAAGAAACUUGCAAAGAAAGGUGUAUUUUUCAAUGGUGAUAUAAAUAAAGUUUUGACCGUAGGUACCAGAAUUGUUGAUGCUUCAGAAAAUUACACCAAGGCUAAAACAUUCUUCAAUGGAUUUAAGCAAAAGGGUAGAAUUGCCAAUGGCUAUUACGUCGAAUUUAUUCCAUCUGUAAACAGAGUUAAGUUAUAUAAUCCUAAAGAAGGUUUAAAAUUGACUUUGAUUUUAGGAGGGUUGUCUAACAAUAAGAAUGAAGCCUUAGGAGACGACGGAUUAAAAUAUAUGAAUAAAAAAUUCUUGCAAAGAAGCAUUGAAUUUGAUAUUUAUGACAUGGAUAAAAUCGGUGGCUUUAUUGGUAACUUAUAUUUGAACGCUAGUAGCUUACAACCAAUUCAAGUUUCAUUAUUAGAACAAGGUUUGGUUUCGGUCCAUGACUUGGCUGUCAAUUCCAACCCAUUUUCUAACGAAUUAAUCAAUGCCGAAGAAUCUGCUAAAUCAUCCAAGAAAGGACUCUGGGCAAACUACGAUGCUUCUAAGGUACAAGAAGAAUUAGACUCACAAAACGCCAAAUUGAGUGAACUCAAACUUGAUUCGGCAAAACCAAAAUUUUUCGAUGUUGAAGUAACCGAUAUUGAUUCUACUGGUACAAUCUCGUACCAUCAAUUGGACCAAAGUACCGUUAAUACAUUCGCCACCUUCAAGAAACAGUUUGCUGACUUCCACAGCCAGACACCAAGCGCAAGCAACACCUCCAUCGAUUUACCCCAUAAUUUGAGCAAGCCUCCAAAGAAAGGUGACUUGGUUUCGGCCAAGUUCUCCGAGAAUGGUAAGUAUUAUCGUGGGAAGGUCUUAAAUUAUGACAAGACCACCAGAAACUUCGAAGUGAAGCAUUUAGAUUUCGGUAACGUCGACAAAGUUCCUCUCAGCUCCUUGCGUGUAUUACCAGCCAAGUUCUCGCUCACCCAACUACCAAAGUUCGCCCACACUUGUGUUUUGCAAAACUUGAGAUUGCCUCCUACCAGACCCACCGACUACUUGACCGAUGCGUUGUAUGCCUUAGAAGACCUCACCUUUGACAAGAAGUUAGUUAUCAGUGCAUUACCCUCGUCUGUCCCAAAUGUAGAUUACUCCGUAGUCUUAUAUGACUCAGAAGAAUCCUUAAAGGAUCCUACAUACACCAUCAACAAGCAAUUAAUCUCGGAAGGUUGGGCAGUCGUUGAAGCUACAGGUGUCUCGCCUAAUCUCAAGGAAUACCUUGAGUCAGUACAAAAGGUUCAACAACAAGCCAGAUCUGCCCAUUUGGGUUGCUGGGAAUUCGGUGACGUCUCGUUUGACGACGAGGAUACCCUUAUCUAG